GCGGGACCGUGGCCUGCGCGUGCGCUGUCGCGGCCGCAGGGCGUCGCUCCUCAGGCUGGCGAGGCGGAAGGCCCCGCGCACGCCGGCAGCGCAGCGCUCCCGCGGCCACUCUGCCCCGGCCCUGACGACUUCCGCCUGCUCGUCCUGAGAGCCGGCACGGGAGAAUUGCACCUCCGCCUUAAAUAGAGUAAUCGCUUCGUUCUUGUAAAAUUGGCACAAUCUUCUUUCAGUUAAAGGAACACAAAGCAUGUAACGGGGCUGGGCCCGGUGGCUCACGCCUGUCACCCAGCGCGGGAGGCCGAGGGGGAGGAUCUUCUGAGGCCAGGACGCCUGUGGAGACCAGCCUGUGCAAGUUCAACAUGUGAAACGCACGCUUGGCUCCUGCCGUGUGGUGCGGGCAGAGGCCGGUCUGGCCUUCAGCCACAGAGUCCCCGCCCCGGCGCAGGCACCUGGCGCAGAGAAGAACGUAGCGCACCUGCCCGCACGGCGUAAGGUCAAGCUACGGGUGACCGGCCCUUCCACGGAGAUGGCAGCCCGGUGUGGGCCUCUAGGCUGAUCCAGGUAGAGCAGAAAAGGCAUGUGCAAGUGCUGACAAUAGGGAAUCCAGAGAUGACCGAGAAAUGCCUGUCACUGUCCCCAGUGCUGUUUGUGUAGGCUGCGGGGCCAGGACAGCAAACACUGCGCGACCGGGAGCCUCCCCCAGGAAGAGCCCCGCCGCCAGCCCCUUCCUGGCCCUGGUGGCCCCUCGCUCCUUCCUCCUGGACCGGGGCCACGGCGCUCGGAGGGUAUAAAGGCCAGGUGGAGGGCGCCCAGCCACAGCAAGAGUCCCUGGUGCAGACUGUCCCAGUGGGAGUCGGGAGGCCUCUCCUCUUCCCCCCAGAGCCCCGGACGCGCCACAGGCCAUGCUGCUGCUGCUGACAAUCGCACUCCUGGGGAGCCGCCCCUGCUGGGCCGCCCAGCAGUACGGGAACGGUGGAGGCACCUAUUUCAGCACCUCUGAAAACUACGAUCUUGAAAUCACAGGGCUGCGGGUGUUUUUUGGUGCCAUUAACAACAUCAGAGCUAUCCAGGUGAAAUUUGGAGACAGCUGGGAUGAUCGUCGUGGCGCCUCGGGUGGGACGAGCCAGGAGCUCCUCCUGUGGCAGGGAGAACACAUCACCGAGAUCCACGGCGCAUUUGACAUGUUAAUCCACUACCUGGUCGUGUGCACUGACGUGAGAGGCUGCGUCUCCUUUGGGAAGAACGCUGGCAAGCAGUUCUCUGCCUUCCCCAGCCAAGAGGGACAGGUGCUCACGGGCAUCUUUGGCCAGUACGGACUCCUCGGCCUCAAGGCCAUUGGUUUUACCUGGGAUUAUCCGCUAGUGGAGGACUCCACUGUAGCACCAGCUACCCAAUCUGGUAGGAAAUAGUUACAGGGCAGUGUGCAAGUUCACUAACACUGCAGCCAGCUGGGGUGUGGUGGGCUAACAGUCCUGGGGUAACGGUGACGCUCCAAUCAAUAAAGC